CUAGCGUGUGCCUCGACGCGGAAAGCCGGUUAGUCGGUCUCGAUCCUGCGUGUCGUUCGCGCGUUUGUCCCGAACGUUUGUUUCUUUCUCUCUGGCCUUCCCUCCCUCCCUACCCCCCCUCCCGCCGCUAAUAAUUUCGUUUCGCGGUCCAUCCAGAAAAAAAAAAUUCCAUCCUCGUCCCGCGUUUUACAUUUUUUUACGCCACUCUCUCGUUUCUCUACCCAUUUUUCCAUUUGACCGUGAACGGGAGACACAUCUUAUUAUUACACACGUGUGAAUUUUCCUCCACGAAAAUUUUUGAAGUGCGCGCACGUGGAUAGGAUUUAUAACUAUAUACCUUCGGGUUCGAGUCUGCGCGUCAAAGGAUGCCGACGCAACGAGGAAAUUAACGUAGGUUGAAAUGUUGGUGUUGACAUCGCUAUGAACGAGAGCCGGUGCUACGUCGAUUCGGCCGUGCUCGCUGAACAUCAACCGUUCAACCGGAAUGGGAAGGCACUCAGGGGAUCGAAGAAGAGCGUGCUGUUCUACACGACCGAUUGCGGGGACGGGAAAGAAGAUCUCGGACGCAAACUUCAGCAAAGAUCCGUCUCUCUGACUGCUCUGCACACGGGAAAUGGGACGCAACAGCAAUUUCUAGAACCAAGAAUGGCGCAAUUGGAGACAUUGGAGGCGAAGAUGGCCAGCAUAGAAGUCUCGUUAUCGACCACGCCGAGAAGGAAGAAAGGCGGCAGUAUUUCCGGCGGACUGACCUCCCCCGCCGGUCCCCAUCGGAACUCGAGGGACCAUUACAAGGAACUGGACGCUCUUAGGAUCGCGCUGCGCGACAAGGAGAAUAUCAUUCAAACGUUGAAAGGGCAACUGUGCAACACGCUCACCAACAGAUUGGCAUUGCGCAACGGCGGCCCGCCUUUGACCGAAGCGGACCGAAAGGCGACCGAGGAACGGCUUCAGAGGUUGCGCCGGGACGCGGAUAACAAACGAUUAGCGAUCAAGAAUUUGAAAUUGGCCCUCGAACGGCUGGAUAUCACCGACAAUAUCGACGUUCGGAUUCAACAAGCCGAGCUGGAGUACAGGCUCGGACGCGAGGAGCUCGAGCUGUUGACGCUUCGAGAGGAGAGCAGAGCCCUCCAAGCCGCGUUGGAAUUGGCGGAGACCCAGGAGAAGCAGAAGAACGAUACGAUAUUUAGUUGCAUCUCGGGCCCAGCUCAGGCGACGAUCCACGCGGUCGAGGUGAGCGCAGACCCGAAGAGUCCGCGCUUCGGAGCCGGGCCCAGGGAGGACACGCCCGGAUUGUACGUCGAUUGGGCGGUCGAGGAUUCCGGGCUGUGCAAGGGGGAUAGAAUCUUGGAAGUGAACGGGAAACUCGUGGUGGGAGCGGGGAGAAGCGACCUGGCAAGGCUGUUGGCCGUGGCACCCGACGCGGCGCAAAUUGUCGUGCUUCGAAAGGGCGAAUCCCUCACAGCGCUCCGCACCCUCAGGUCCGAUAAUCUCAGAUUGACGCAUAGGAUCGGUUAUCUGGAGGAGCAGGUGAGGGAUCUUCUCGCGCCGAGCAGAUCCGAGGUCCCGGCCGAUCCUCCGCCUACCCGUCAAGAACAAGUUCAGGUUUUUCAAAAAGGGCCACAGGUAACUGCGCUAGUCGCAAAUCUGCCUGGUCUGAAUAUAAGAAAUUCGAUGGAGUUGCGGCAGAGCUUACCGACGGUAAGGAAUAGGCAUAGCGAUCAUUCGAAACGUUCGACAGACGUGAAAAUUUCGAGCGAGCUUGAUUCCUCGUUGGUUAGCGUUUCCAACGGUCACCACAAGUCGCGAAGUAAACAAAAACAUCAGGGAUCCUCGGUGACCGGGUCGACCGCGAGCUUGGAUUGCAAGGACACGCAACCGCAACAACGUAGGAGACCACCGAGAGUCGAAUCGGCUAUGGAACAUUUGUCUAACAAUAGGAAAAACUCGUCUCGAGUACAACCGUUGGACUUUGAUUCCGAACCGACUUAUUAUCGAUUGCAGGAUUCUCAAUCGCGAGCGUCGGAGAAUUCCGACGUAUCGGUGGCGUACAGUUCUCAAGAAUCGAAAUCACGUCCGGCACCACCGAAAAAACCGCUUCGAUUGUCCUUGCAUCGUGCAGCUAGUCUUCAAUCCGUAGAAAGUGCGCCGCCAGCUACGCUUCAUGACGUGGUGAAAAAACCGAUAAAGAGAAAUCAUAAAAGUGACCCAUCACCGUUGGAAAAAAGUAUUCGAGCGGAAUCGAACGGGGAAACGAAUAAUCAAACGGAAGAAUCGUAUUCUAACGCGUCUCAACCCCCACCAAGGACGCCGUCCAGAGCGGAAUCUUGUCAGAGCGCGUUACGAUGGCCUUCUCCCAAGCCGAGACCUCAUUUAACAUCUGUCACCAUGGAAAAGUGGUGUUAGACCAGGGAAAAUAAAACUCGAGUCGAAAACGAACCAUCUUUUAACGUCAUCUUCCAUCUUAUACGAAGAUAGAUUACGACAACUUUUAUACGACGUGUAAAUAAUAUUUUUAAACUUUUUUUUUAACGCGAAUUUUACGAAAAGACUGAAUUUUCAUUUUGAAUUUACGAUUGAUAUAAUAUUUUUUUCCUUUAAAUUUCACGUUUUUGAACGAUAAUUUUCAACGCGUAAAGUAUUCCAUUUGUAUACAUUAUUAUCUCGAAUUGCGAUCAUUUAAAUUGAUCAAUUAAUGUCGAACAAGUUGUAUUUCACAAUUGUAUACAAAUACGCAAAAAGCGUAAAAAAAAUAUUAUGUUCGUUCUAGAAUCUUA